AUGUCACAAGUGCUUAGGUGGCUAAAAGAUCUGUUGCUCCACGGAUAUAAACAUGGCAUCGAGGCUGAUGAUCUGUACGACGUUUUACCGCAGCAUCGGAGCGAACUUCUUUGCGAUAGUCUUGAAAAAGUUUGGAGCGAGGAAUUGAAGAAUGCAGAGUCACAGGGCAGAAAACCAAGCUUGUGGAAAAUUAUCUUCAAAACUUACGGAUUGUCAUACUUGAAGUACUCGAUGCUUUCAGUAUGUUAUAUUGUCUCAACAUUACUGAUGCCACUUAUGUUGGAACAACUGUUAUUAAACAUCGAUACUUCGUGGAGCUACGUGUACGCCGCAGGAUUAUUAUUUCUGCAGAUUGGGCCGCUGAUUGGAUCCCGCUAUUCCUUCAGCAAGAUACUUCAAGUAUGUGCGCAAGAGUCGCUCUUACAUCUCUCAUGUACAGAAAGAUAA